AUGCCACCCCUACAGGAUCACGUCCCUCUUGACGACUACAUUGAUGCAUUAUGUAGCAAUGCCUUCAAUGGCCAGGGUCUGGACCUAACGAGGGCCAAAUACACCGUAGUUGGGUCGGGGAUCCCAGGGAUGGUCUUUGGCAUUGUGAGGGGUACUGGAGGAUAUGUAUAUGGCAUCAACUAUAUGGAAGCAGAGCAGUGGUCGGAGGUCACACAUGUUCUUGUUGGCCCUAAGGUCCAUGCUGGGAGUCUACGGAAUAUCUGUCAUACUCUGAGGCAGCUAUCAUUGACGGAUAAGGUCAUUUGGGUGGACUGUAGGGACCUCCUAACACCAACAGACCAAGGUAGUGUUGGGGGGUGGACACCGACCUCUAUAUUAGCAGCAUUGACCUCUAGCAAGAGGACCUUAGGCUCAUCAAGGGAGGCGAGCAAACGAGUAAAGGGUUCCCCAACACGGUCAUCACCACCGGUGACACCUCCUCCCAACACAAGCGUUGUCCCGUCACCACCCACUAGACCUUCCAUCUACAAAACAGCUGAGGAUGACCGUAUACGCAGACCCCUGGUCUUAUGCCCGGUCGUCGUGACUACGUCAAGGACUACCUUCCAACCAGCACCCCAAAUCAUGACACUAUGUGACGCUGACCCUCUACGUGAUGUCGACCUUUCCCCGACAUUUCAAGGCAGUAGAAGGACGUACUUUGAUGGCUCACCACUGGGGGGCGGCGGCGGCCAGCAGCGGCGGCGACGGAGUCCAUCACCCGGAUGUGAUGCACCUAUCAUACCCGGUGUGACAGUCACACCGGGCAAGCAUCGUCAAAGGAGACGGAGGAGGAGAGCUGUCGGGGGUUAUAGAGAAGUUGCUGAUGUAAUGACAGCAGCUCCAAGGCGGUCGACUAGGCUGUCCCGGAGUGCGCCCCCAAAGGGAGGCCUAAGUCGAGUCGUUAGUCUCCCGACCUUUGCAACAUGAUGAAUGAUGGAAAUUAGAAUUGCAACCAAUUGAUUAAAUCUGAAAUGAAGGUUUCCUCCAAA